GCAAAAUGAAGUGCAGCUAAUUAUCUUAUGCAAAUAUCAUUGUAUUGUAGUCUUAUGUAGAAUAUUGGAAUUUGUAAAUAUCAGUAUGUAGCUAAAUAUCAGUUCUCAGAAUUGAAUAUUUGUUGCAUUGAAUUUGAAUUGUAUCUUUUUCCAUUUUCCCCCCACGUUUUUCUAGUUUUGCUAGCUCUUUACUUCCUUAAAGGUGAACUGACACGCAAAACUAUUUUUUGAUAUAAUGUAGAAAAUGACGCGUAGAAUCUUAAUUUCAAGUUUUCGGUUAAUUAUUGCUUUCCGUUUCGUUGCAAUUCUGCCUCAAAUGUCACAAAAUUAUCGUUAACGACUCGGCCAUUAUCGGCAUUUCAUGUGACCUAGCGGGUGUGACGUCACAAACACCAUGUUUUCAUCUCUCGAAUACAAAUCACGCACGAAGUGACCAGACACCUUGUUAAUAUUCUGCUACUUUUCGACGAGAUAAACGUGGCCUGUGAUUGCAGAUAAAGAAAAUGGUUGGUUGUUCAGCUUAUAAUUGCACUGGUAAAGGAAAAUCGUUGUUCACAUUCCCCGAAAACCCUAUCAUACGUAGACAGUGGAUUAGAAAUACAAAAAGGGAAAACUUCAAUCCCGGUCCAAGAGCAGCGCUUUGUCAAGACCAUUUCAAGCAAACUUCCUUCGAGAGGAAUCCCGAGUUAAUGGAAUUAACAGGCAUUCGUUUUAAGUUAAAAUUGAAAGCGGAUGCUGUUCCAACGGAAUUCGACUUCUCGUCACCCAAAUUUAAGUGUAAUGUCAAAGGGAAAAGACCGUAUUUGGGGAGCAGGUUUGCGAGCAAAUUUCAGAAACAGCUGGAGCCAAGCCUUAGCCCAAGAAAAAGCCCUGUUACUGCUGCUGGCAAAAGCAAAGCGCUAAUGAAGAGAGCCCGUCAUGAGAUUGUGCAAAAGUUAUUGGCAGAGCAGUCUCCUCCCUCUGAAGAAGACUCUACAGAACUUGCAAUGCCCUUGUUUAUAGACAUUGGCUGCAAUACAGACACCCAACUUCCAGUUAGUGUAUCAGUGCAAACAGAAAAAACAGAGACUGUAAACAGGUAUACCCAAACUGAACGGAAAAAAAAGUCUGUCCAUAAAGCCAUACAAACAGACAGCCAAAUGCAUCCUUUAUGUAUCCAUAGAGUACCAGAUCAGGCGAACGAAGUUUCACCACAAUUGAGCAGUGGUCUUGCUGAGUCCCAUGAGUUUUCUGAGGUAGAAUCUGAAACCAGCAGUGGAUCACAAAGUGAAAACUGGGAUCCUCAAGCAUCAUCUUUCUCAUCUGCCGAGUCUGAAUGUGAAAAGGAGAUUCCACCUCACUUUGAAAGAAAGUUCCUGGUAUUUGAGUCAUGUCUCCUGCAGCUUUUCGCAAUUUGCUCAGUUUGUCUUGGUCCCUGUAUUGAUAUCUCAACCUCCUUGGUGGGCUCAAUGGUACAAGUUGAAGCAUCAUGUCUGCAAGGUCAUGUAAGAAAAUGGAGAAGUCAGCCACUAAUUGGUGAUAUGCCACUUGGAAAUUUUGUCAUUGCUGCAAGUACAUUGUUGUCAGGGUGCUCCCCAGCAAAAAUAUUGCUACUUUUUCACAAUAUGCAAACACCAAGCUUCACAGAGAGGACUUAUCAUAGGAUCCAAAAACUGUAUUUGAUUCCCUCAAUUUUGGAACAUUGGAAGUCUGUUCAACAGCAACUUUUGAGAAGCAGUCAGGGUAUCAGAACACUGGGAGGUGAUGCCAGAAUGGAUUCUCCAGGUCAUACUGCCAAAUAUGGGAGCUAUUCAUUGAUGAAUCUGGAAUCAAACAAAAUAAUCAGUGUUAAUACACUACAGAGCAAUGAAGUUGGUGGUUCAUAUCACAUGGAGCUGGAAGGUUUAAAACGUUGCUUGGAUGAAGUGAAAGCUGCAGGUAUUAACUUCUCGACACUUGUCACAGACAGACAUGCUGGAGUUAAAAAAUACAUGAGAGAAUGUCAUUCAGACAAGAAUCACCGCUUUGAUGUCUUCCAUGUUGCAAAAUCGAUUGCAAGAAAGGUAGAAGAAAUUGGCAAGAAGAGGACAACAGCUGUGGUAAAUGAAUGGGUGCCAUCAAUAAAAAAUCAUGUAUAUUGGUGUGCAUCAACUAGCAAAGAUAGUCCACAACUAAUCAAGGAAAAGUGGCUUUCUCUUUUCAACCACAUCAUUAAUAAGCACGAAGGACAUGAUGGACAACUUUUUAAAUGCUGUGAACAUGGGCCUAUGGAGCGUGAAUGUACUUCUUCAUCUACCAGCUCUUCUUUUACUUCAUGCAAUAGAUAG